UUGAUCUCCUCCUGUGGCUCAGAGCAGCCAGGUGAGUCCAAGCUGCCAUCAGGCUUGAGCUGCAGUGACACACACUCUCAGAAGAGUCUGGGAGUACAGGAGCGUUAGUGAGCAGUGACUGGCAGCAGACAGACGGUUCGUGUCAUAAAUCAGCCUGGCACAGUCUGUGGAGAGAGAGAGAGAGAGAGAGAGAGAGAGAGAGAGAGAGAGAGAGAGACAGACAGACCGCAUUGCAGGGCAGACACACAUAGCAGAGCGUGAGUUCAGUAAUGGAGGUGUGGAGCAGUUCGGGAAUGGAUGAGAGCGAAAGAGACAGCAGCAACAGUCAUGAUGAAGAUGAUGAAGAACCAGAGGAUGAAGAUGAACCCGACACUGAGGGACUGUGCAGGGAGCUGGUGCAAGUGCUGUGUUCAGAGAGAGUUGGUCAAAUCACAAAGACGUAUCGUGACAUUGAGGCAGUUACACAUCUGCUCGAGGAGAAAGAGCGUGAUCUGGAAUUGGCUGCCCGGAUUGGCCAAUCACUGCUCAAGCAGAAUAAAGCCCUGACUGAACGCAAUAAACUACUGGACGAACAUCUGGAAAUCACCAAGGAAGAGAUUUCCCAGCUGCGUCAUGAGCUCUCCAUGAGAGACGAUCUCCUGCACUUCUAUGCCAGCACUGAAGAUAUAGAGCAUGCCUCAGAAACACUACUAAUACAGAGUGAUUCGUCCUCAUCUCUCAGCAACUAUAUCAAUUACGACUUGCUUCAGCAUAAACUCAAGGGUUUAGAAGAGGAGAACAUCAAACUGCGCACAGAGGCUAACGAGUUAACAUUUGAGACCAACAAUUAUGAGGAACAAGAGCAACAGCUUAUGAUGGUGUGUGUGGACGAGCUCUCUACAGCAAAUAAACAGGUCGGAUCUCUGUCAGAAGAAUUAGCCCGGAAGGUGGAAGAUUCGUUUAGACAACAAGAGGAGAUUAGUUCCCUCCUGGGACAGAUUGUCGACCUGGAGCAGCGAUGCAAAGGGCUCACUGCUGAGAAUGAGGAGUUGACGCAACAUCUGAAUGCUUCCCGGGAAUCCCAGUCACAGCUUAAAACAGAGUUGAAGGAACUGCAGGAGAGGUACUCCGAAUGUGAGGACAUGCUCCAUGAGGCCAGAGAGGACAUUAAGAACCUGCGUAAUAAGAGUCUGCCCAACAGCACCGUGCAGCGUUACAGUACCCUGGCAGCGGUCGUCCCAAUGGAUUCACUCGCUGCUGAGAUCGAAGGAACCUUCCGGAAAGGCCUAGACAGCCCAGCACCCACUGAAUACAAGAAUCAUCCGUUGCGUGUGUUUGAGACCGUGAAAGUGGCCAAUCAGGGGGCUCGGCUACGUUCCCAGAUUCUGUCUCUGCAGGUUCCGGGUUCGAGCCCUUCAUCAUUACACUCUAGUCGAAUCAGUACUCCACAGACCAGUUAUUAUGAAUCAGACAAUAUUAGUGUCAACAUGGAGGAUAAGCACUCCUCUCAGACGCACACACAAGAUCAUGGGUUACUGGAGUUGAAGCGUUUGGGUCAGCCAGGUACCCCAGGUGGGCAGGAUUUGGAGGAAGCGCUCCGGUCUCUCUCGGAGCGGCAGGAGAGCCACACGUCAGAGCGGCCGUUCUUCGAAGUGGAGAGAGAAAGGAAACUGAGUGCCCUACACAGUGGAAGCAGUGGCAGUGGCGGCAGCUCCAGCGGCUUCCUGACGCCUAGUGGCAGCAUCGCAUCCACAGGAACCAACUACUCCGGCACCUCCACACAUUCCUCCAGCACAGGCUCCUCCCGCUCGUAUCUGCCUGAACGGCUGCAGAUAGUCAAGCCGCUGGAGGGCUCAGUGACUCUGCACCAAUGGCAGCAGCUGGCCAAGCCCAAUCUGGGGGGCAUCCUGCACCCUCGGCCAGGUGUCCUCACCAAAGACUUCAGAGAGCUGGACGUGGACUUCCAACACGUCUACAGCCUCAACGACCUCGAGGAGGAUGAGCCUGAUCUCUCCAAAUUCCCGAGCCUCCUGCAGGGCACUGUGGUCCCUUCAUCCAGACUUAACCCCCCUCAGACCUCACCCACACCUCCGUCCACUAGCUGUCAGAUCCUCCAUCCCUCCAUCCUCCUCUCCUCCUUCUCCACCAGCCUUCAGCCCCAGAAUGCAUCCGCGUGUGGGAGCCGUGAGCACGUGAGGACAUCAUCAGGCCUCCAGUUCAUCUCUGGGUCCACAUCCCACCUCCACCGGACCUCCUCCCUCGGUCUGCUACAGCUAGUAUCAGAGCAUGGCAUCUCGGCUGCAAUUCAUCCCAACUCCCCUCUCAUUCACAGAGCCACCGCAUGUUCAGAGGAAAGGAAACAAGAAAAAAGAGAAAAGCCACUGCAGGGAAACAUUUUCAGCAGCAGUCUUGUUGAAAAACUCAGAACCCUGGGCCUGUACGAAGUGGUCGCCAGAGGCUUUGUGGACUUUUGGUCGAAAAGAAAAACCAGCCCCCCAUGAAACACAAAAAGACGUUCACCCUUAAAGGUGCUAUUUUGUGCAUUGUGGCAUGCAGCUAAACUUUUCCCAUUUGUAAUGGGACAUUCAGAAAGCCAGAUCAAGUUUUUAUUCCUGUAGUGACUUCUGAUUGGCACCAGGAAUUUUGCGUAUGGACUGCACCUCAAAAGAUUUCAUUGUGAAGUCAAACACAUCCGUGUUUAUAUCAUUGUUGUUGUAGGGUGGUUGAAACAUUCUUCAGAAGGGAAUGGCUGUACAUAUGUUGACUUUUAACGUGUCCUCUUUUGUUGAGACUUUUGUCUGUCACUAUCAGUCUUGAAAUCACGGUUUAUUGUUAUGAGAUUGUAGCAGCACUACAGAAAAUUUCAGCAUGUGGCCUCAAUUUUUGCUUGCUGCCAACCAAGCAUUGGUAUCAGUACUGCGUUUUGCUUUCUGACAAAAGCAUUUAUAAUAGCACUUUUCAGGGGCAUUCAAAUCCCUUUUCUUAGGGAAUGCAGGGUACAUUAUCUGAGGAUAUGUACUGUACCUGCAGUCUAAACACUGUAAGAAUGAGAAGCUGUACUUAUGAUGGCUGUUAGUGGUCAAUUUAUGGAACAUUAUACAGUCUUGUUGAGUGAAUUGCAGUGAUCUUGUGCUUUAUUUUCACUGUGCUUUAAUGCAAGAACACCUCAUGUGAUGGUACACCAUGCACACACGUAUGUCAUGAAAAUUGAAUGCCACAGACACGUUUUCACUGUAAUGUUUAUGAUUGUGUUUUUGCAAGAAUCAGGGAUGCAGUAAUAAAGUUAAGUGCUCUAGAGCUGUAAAUAGUAAAUACACAAUCGGGUAAAUGUAACACUGAGGGAAUAUUGAUUGAACACGGCUUGUUUCUCCUCUCCAUUAACAUCUUCCAUUGUGUCUACUUCUGUCUGUCAAGCAAGUAAACAGAAAUCUUGUCAUCUGUAUAUGGAAAAAGCCUUGUAUGCAUUUGAAAUUUUCAAGGGGGCAUGAUAAUGUGUAGCCUAUAGUAUUUACUGAUCUAAAGUCACAGACAAAAUGGUUAUUUAAAAAGUAAUAUAUUUAAAUAAAAAUGUCUACCUGAAAUACCA